ACAGCAGUAGCAGUAGCGACAGCAGUCCUCUUCAUGUUAUAGUAGCUCUAGUAUUUUUACCAGCUACUUGUUAGCCUCUUUCUCUCUCUCUCUCUCUCCUUUCCUCUUACUCCUCUCUCUCUCUCUCUCCCUACCUCCAGCUCUAUCUUUCACUGUCUUCAUCCUUACGUCAAUUUGGGUAACUUCUAAAAGACUUAGUAGUAAGCGAGGAGCUGAGCGAGUCAUCUUUUAGCUCUUAGAAGACAACACACGCACGUUGUAGGAUGCCAGACUGGGGCACAGUUGCUGCUUCUCGUUUUCACUGAACACUGUUGUAUUAUAUACACCAGACCUGGACGACACACGCGUAUCCACCCGCGCGUGUACGCAUACCACAUAUAUACAUUCACUAUCAUCUAUAUUCUAGACAUAGAUAGAUCUCCCUACCUUAUUUGCACGCCACAAUGCAUGGGUUCAUUUGGUUGCUGUAAAACACCUCGUGGUUGCGGUAACGUGUAGAUGUGUUGCUAUGGAUGGCAGUGGUGGCGGCAACAACAGUAAUGAACAGCUCCCGCAGUGGAAAACAUACUUGUAUCAGUUGCAGAAAGAAGCACCGCAUCCUCGGCGGAUCAUUUGUCACAGAGAAAUUCCAAACAAACCCUAUUUUUAUGGGAAAGAGUAUCAUGGGCACAUAAGUCGUGAAGAUACAGAUCGACUACUUGAUGACAAGGAUGGUUCUUAUCUUGUACGUAAGAGUGACCGAGCACCUGAGGCCUUCACUCUGGCCAUCAGAUUUGAUGGACAGACCAAAAAUUUUAAACUAUACCAUGAUGGCCAGCACUAUGUAGGUGAGAAGCGGUUCGACACCAUACAUGAUCUUGUUGCUGAUGGACUAAUUACAUUUUACCUGGAGUCCCGGGCAUCAGACUACAUCGAAUCCUUAUCCAUCUCAAACUAUGCCGAGUCUCCAUAUCUUGCCUACAGUACCAAAAAGAAAAGGUUGGCCCGCUCAACCACUCGGAGGAGCUCUACCGGUACAAACAACCAAGUUACCACAUCAAAUUGUUCUGUUGAAAAUAACUCCUCGGACGAACAGUUAUCACCAGAUUCCGAUUUUGCUACCAAUGUGCAAGAAUACGAAAAAUCUCACUGCUUUAAGGUGCAAAAUUUUAUUGGACUACACUGGUGUGAUUACUGUGCCAACUUUAUGUGGGGACUAAUUGCUCAAGGAGUUAAGUGCCAAGACUGUGGGUUUGAAGCACAUAAAAAGUGUUCUGAAAGAGUCCCAAAUGACUGCAUGCCGGACAUGAAAUAUGUUAAAAGACUGUUUGGCGCCGAUUUGACAACAGUUGUUAAAGCUCAAAAUACACCAAUUCCUAUUGUGGUGGAAAAAUGUAUCAAAGAAAUUGAACACAGAGGUGUAGAUUUUGAAGGAAUGUACAGAGUAGCAGGUUUCCAUGACGACAUAGAAGCUGUUCGCAUGGAAUUUGAUAGAGAUGGUGAAAAUACUGAUAUUAGUGAAUCACGACUUGAAGAUGUGAACACACUGACCAGUGUGUUAAAGUUAUAUUUCCGAUUACUGCCCAUUCCACUUAUUUCUUUCGAAUCAUAUCCAAAGCUACUAGAGGCUGUCCAAAAACCUGGGUUGAAAGAAAAAGAAAAACUGCAAAUGAUCAAAGAAGCUUUACAUUUGUUACAACCAGCUCAUUACCAAACUCUAAAAUAUUUAAUGGCUCAUCUCGAUCGAGUGAUUGAACAACAAAGUAAAAACAUGAUGAGUCCAGAGAAUCUUGCCAUAGUAUUUGCUCCAACAUUGAUGAGAUCACCAGAUGCCACAGCUAGCCUUAUGGCUGUCAAGCUGGAGCAAACAGUUACAGAACUUAUCCUCUCUAAUCAAAAAGAACUUUUACGGUGAACUGUUGACAUUCAAUCACACAUAUGCAUACACAAACAUGCCCACCACACACUACUGCCAGAAAGAAAAAAGAAUAAUAAUAAUAAAAAGAAAAAGAAAACCUCUUCCGCAGUUGCUGUGUCCAUAGCAACACAAGAAGACCGAACUGUACAAAUUUCCUUUCCAAUUCAUUCGGUCUUCAAAUUUACUUUUCCUUUACUGAAAUUGGGGCCAAAUUUUGUCAUUUCCCCCCUUCCCAUAUCCUGUUUACCCCUUUCCACACUCACUCAUGUCCUAAGUUUUCAACAUCAAACCCCAAUAUAAUAGGCAUAUAUAAAAAUCCCAAAACAUCAAACAAACGUUUUAAUCCCAAACUGUUGAGCAGAUAAUCCACACCAAUAUCCUAAUGUAAAUUUAAAUUUUGAUAAUACUGCUUCAAGAAAAAAAAAAAAAACAGAAAAAAUUGGAAAAAAAAAUAUAUCCCAAAAAUAUGAGAAAAAAAAAAGAAAAGAAAGAAAGAAA